AUGGGGGUUUCCAAGGCCAACAAAGCAAUCUACUUCGAAAAGCUCAAGGGCCUCCUUGAGGACUACAAGUCCAUCUUCAUUGUCACCGUCGACAAUGUCUCCUCCCAGCAGAUGCACGAGAUCCGUGUCGCCCUCCGUGGCGAGGGUGUCGUCCUUAUGGGCAAGAACACCAUGGUUCGCCGUGUGAUCCGUACCCUCGUUGGCGACAACCCGGAGUACGAACGUCUCUUGCCAUACGUCAAGGGCAACGUUGGUUUCGUCUUCACCAACGCCGACUUGAAGGAGACCCGUGACAAGAUUCUUUCCAACCGUGUCGCUGCUCCAGCUCGUGCUGGUGCCGUCGCUCCUGUCGAUGUCUGGGUCCCAGCUGGAAACACUGGUAUGGAACCCGGCAAGACCUCUUUCUUCCAGGCUCUCGGUAUCCCAACCAAGAUUGCUCGUGGUACCAUUGAAAUUACCAGCGAUCUCAAGCUCGUCGAGUCCGGCACCAAGGUCGGAGCUUCCGAAGCCUCGUUGCUCAACUUGCUCAACAUCUCUCCCUUCACCUACGGUAUGGGUGUUGCGCAAAUCUACGACCAGGGUCAAGUUUUCGCCCCAAGCGUUCUUGACGUUGAUGAGAAGGACUUGAUCGACAGAUUCUUGACUGCCAUCAAGACCAUCUCUUGCAUCUCCCUCGCCGCCAACUACCCAACUCUCGUCUCUGUCAUGCACUCUCUCGUCAACAGCUACAAGAACGUCAUUGCUGUUGCUCUUGAGACUGAGUACGAGUGGGAUGAGAUCAAGGAGCUCAAGGACAGAAUCGCCAACCCUGACGCCUAUGCCUCGGCCGCCCCAGUUGUUGAGGAGACCAAGACCACUGAUGCUGCUCCAAAGGAGGCUGAGAAGGAUGAGGAUGAGGAGGCCUCUGACGACGAUAUGGGCUUCGGUCUCUUCGACUAA